AUGUUACCCUAUAUCGAUAGCUUGUUCGAGAUCCCUGCGCAACUCACAGGCGCGUCAGUGGAUGAGCUCAAGUUGAUCGGCUCCUUCCUACUCUCCUACCCACUGGCCGCGUUACUCAAGCGUAUCCCCGAUGCUCAACCUUGGAAGAAGAAUGCCUUCAUCAUUGGUGUUUCGCUCUUCUAUAUUAUUGGUCUUUUUGGUCUUUGGGAUGGUCUGCGCACAUUGAUGUACAGCGCGGUGGGAACCUAUGCCAUUGCGUACUACAUUGAUGGCUCCCUGAUGCCAUGGAUCGGUUUCAUCUUCCUCAUGUCGCACAUGUCGAUCAGCCACAUCUACCGCCAGAUCGCCGAUGAUGGGCAAGUGGUCGACAUUACAGGAGCUCAGAUGGUCCUCGUUAUGAAGCUUUGCGCCUUCUGCUGGAACAUUCAUGAUGGUCGUCUGCCACAAGAACAGCUCUCCGACGCACAGAAGUAUGCGGCCAUUACCCAAUUUCCCAGUGUCCUCAACUACACGGGCUACGUCUUGUUCUUCCCAUCGUUGUUCGCCGGUCCCGCCUUCGACUAUGUGGACUACCGCCGUUGGCUCGAUACCACCCUUUUCGACGUUCCCCCAGGCACUGACCCUGCUAAGGUGCCGCUGACUCGCAAGAAGCGUAAGAUUCCCCGUAGCGGCACCCCGGCGUUCAAGAAGGCCUUGGUCGGACUGUUGUGGAUUGGUGGAUUCGUGUUCCUUGGUGGGAUCUUCACUACGGAAUUUGUUCUAUCGGACGAAUUCCUCAAGUACGGUUUCCUACGCCGCAUGAUCACAGUUUACCUUCUCGGAUUCACCGCGCGCCUGAAGUACUAUGGCGUCUGGUCUCUGACUGAAGGUGCCUGCAUUUUGUCUGGUAUGGGUUACAACGGGUUUGAUCCCAAGUCCGGCAAGGUAUUCUGGAACCGCCUGGAGAACGUGGACCCCUGGGGACUGGAGACUGCCCAGAACUCGCACGCCUACCUUGGAAGCUGGAACAAGAACACUAACCACUGGCUGCGCAACUAUGUCUACCUGCGCGUCACUCCUAAGGGCAAGAAGCCUGGUUUCCGUGCUAGUAUGGCUACUUUUGCCACCAGUGCUCUCUGGCAUGGCUUCUACCCAGGUUACUACAUGACAUUUGUCCUAGGCUCAUUUAUUCAGACUGUCGCAAAGAAUUUCCGUCGUUACGUCCGUCCAUUCUUCCUGACUCCAGACGGUUCUAAGCCUACGCCCUACAAGCGUUACUACAAUAUCGCUAGUUGGGCCGCUACUCAACUAACCCUCGGCUUCACCGUUAUGCCGUUCAUCCUACUAAGCUUCAGCGAGUCUAUGGCCGUCUGGUCUCGCGUUUACUUCUACGGUAUCAUCGGCACCAUCGGCUCUCUCCCAGGAGACCGUUCGUCCCCGACACUCGGUCUUCCCAACGAUCCCGAGCGUGACUUCGACGAGGCUGUUCAGGAGAUCAAGUCGGAGAUUGAGUCCCGACGUCGCCGUGGUAGUGUGGUUACCAUGCCUACUGGAGAGGAGUUGAAGAUUGCUGUUGAGCAGAAGAUUGGACGUAAGCUGUAG